CUCAGAGAACACGCAGGCACAAAGGACUGCUGGAGUUCUCCUCUGAAAAUGAGGGGCUGCACCCUGAUUAAAGGGGUGGGUUUCCUGUGCGCUUUGGUGCUUGUGCUGUACACGGUGUGGUAUGUCUAUUUCUCCAAACAUCAGCAGAGCUUCAUAGAGAGCAGCAGAGUUCAGAAGACCGGUUAUGAUGCCAUUUUAAAGAAACUGGACGGAAUCGAGCAAAAGGUCAAAAAAAUAGAGGAGCAAAUGGAGCAGAGUUGGAAAAAAGAAGAAAAUCAAGCAGAGAAGAAACCAAAAGAAGAGGAGAAACCAAAAAAAGAGGAGAAACCAAAAGAACCGGAAAAACCAAAGGAACCGGAGAAACCAAAGGAACCAGAGAAACCAAAAGAACCGGAAAAACCAAAAGAACCGGAGAAACCAAAGGAACCGGAGAAACCAAAGGAAUAUAAAAGAUUGUUCCCCAACUCAUUUCUUUUCUCCAAGUGGGGUGGUGAUCUCACAGAGGAGGAGCAGAAGGAGGCACAGCAGCUGUUUGAGGAUUAUGGCUACAAUGUGUUCCUCAGUGACAGACUGCCCCUCAACAGGAGCAUACCAGACACUCGAGACCCCAAAUGUGCUACUCAGGUUUAUCCAAAAGAUCUCCCAACAAUCAGUGUGGUUCUGAUCUACAUGGAUGAGGCUCUGUCUGUCAUAAAGAGAGCCAUCCGCAGCGUCAUCGACAGAACACCUCCUCACCUGCUCAAGGACAUCAUACUGGUGGACGACCACAGCACUAAAGAGAAUCUCAAGGGCAAGCUGGAUGAAUAUGUUGAUUUAAUUCAUAAAGAGAAGCCUAAUGUAAUUAAGAGGGUGAAACACAAAGAUCGACAGGGUCUGGCACAAGCACGCAUUUCAGGAUGGGAGGCAGCUACUGGUGAUGUUGUGGCCAUUUUUGAUGCCCACAUUGAGGUGCAUGAUCAAUGGGCAGAGCCACUGCUGGCCAGAAUAAAAGAAGACAGGACAGUGGUGCUGAAUCCAGUGUUUGACAGAGUGACCCCUGACACCCUCGAGGUGGUUAAAUACAAUGCAGCCACCCAUGGUUUUGACUGGCAGCUCUGGUGCUUGUAUGAGUCCUUCAGUCCAGAGUGGUACAAACUUAAUGAUGAGACAGUGCCAGGAAAGAGUCCGUCCAUCAUGGGGAUCAUUGUGGUUGACCGGUUAUUCUUUGGAGAGAUUGGAAAACUGGACAAAGGAAUGGAAGUUUACGGAGGCGAGAACGUAGAGUUCGGAAUACGAGUUUGGCUGUGUGGAGGAAGCAUUGAAGUGGUGCCGUGCUGCAGGCUUGCCCACAUAGAGAGGCUCCAUAAGCCAUACGCACUAGAUCUGAGCACGCCAAUGAGAAGAAAUGCACUAAGGGUGGCUGAAAUCUGGAUGGAUGAUUUUAAAGCUAAUGUUUAUGUUAGCUGGAAUCUCCCCUUAAAGGGUCAUGGAAUUGAUAUAGGGGACAUAACAGAGAGAAAGAAGCUGAGGGAGAAACUAAAAUGUAAGCCUUUCAAGUGGUAUUUAGACAAUGUGUAUACUCUGCUUGAUUCCUGGGAGGACCUAGUCGGCUAUGGCGUCAUGAAGAACAACAUAACAGACAAAUUCUGCCUUGAUCAGGGACCCGUUCCAGGGAGUGUUCCUAUUAUGUACGAGUGCCAUUACCUUGGCCCUCAGAACUGUUACUACAGGCUGAGUGGGGAGCUCUACAUUGGAGGCAUCAGAUCUCGUAGGUACCAUAAUAAUCGUUGCCUAGUGGAUCCUGGUGAUGGACAAAUACCUGGACUGCAUGAUUGUAAAUUCGCCAAGGAGAAAGGGUUCCACAUGUACUGGGACUUCAAACAGGGACAGCCAAUAAGGAACAGAGACACAAACCGAUGUCUUGAGGUUACCCAAGGACAGGAUUCACAAUACCAGCUUGUCGUUCAGGCAUGUAGUGGGCAAUACUGGAAGAUACAUAACGUCAUCAAAGACUUUUAACCGGUCCAAGGCCAAAAGAAAUGGAAUGUCUGCUACUGUUUUAACUUAUCAAUGGACUCUGAUUGGAAUCACAGGACUAAUGACUAGUUACUGAUACUGUUUUGUACUUCAUAUAAGGCUCUGCAUCACUUUACAGGCUAAUUCCUGCAGUACACUCAAUGUUAUAAUUCACUGUACAUUACAUGCAGUUACAAAAUGUUCCAUGCAAAUGUUAAAGUUCUCUAUGCAAAUGGAUAGGUACUCUUUGGCUUUUAUAAAUGAACCAAUAUAUUACUAUUUGGUG